GGGGGCGGCCGCCCCUGGGCGCUGCGGGGAGCCGGGGGCUCUGCUGCCCGGCCUCGCCCCGCCGGGCCAGCGGGGAGGCGCCGUCACCCCCCGGGCUGCUCCCCGCUCGCGCGGCGGCUGCGUGUGCAGGAUGGAGACCCUGGACGAGUUUGACAACGAGUGCCCCCUCAGCGCGUCGUUUUGCAAGCUGAUUUCCACAGAGGACUUCGAGGAGCAGUCCUUGUCCUACACUCAGCAAUGCCUGCACGAGCUCUUCUCCCACAUGGAGCAGAACCCGGGGAUCUGCGAGAGGGCGGUCAGAAAGCAGAAACAGAUGGAGAAGGAAGAAGCUGGCUUGAUAUCUUUUUUAAAGGCCAAGAUUUUUUGGACUCUGCAGGGAGAAUUGAAUUACUGUAACUACGUGGGCAUCUCAGAGAUGCGAGAAAAAGUAUCCCAGCUGAGACGAGACAUGCAGAGAGCAAACAACUAUGCUCGGGCUGCAAAAACAGGGAAAGGGCAACGUGCAAGGCAGUUGCGUGGAAAGAAGAAGCCUUUAGAAGGUGGAUUUAGCCCCUUCCACUCCAGGAUUCCUGAAACUCCCAAGUUCACCAUGCCCAGGGUCUUUGGUCCUUUUCCAGAAGUUGUGAAUAAACAGGUGGACAGAACUGCAACUUCAAGCCCUGACCUGAAGCAGCGGUGGGCUGGUGUAUCAACAAUAAGCCAGAAAAGCAUGGUUGAUUUGCAUCCUAUAGUGCUCAACCCGGGAGGUUUUUAUAACUCCCUCCAGGCUGGUAACUGCAUGAAUAAGCUGAGACACACAAACUUCUCCAGAUUGCUUGGCAACGUUCCCACGCCUUCUCCCCAAAAUGCUGACCCUGCUGGCACUAAACCUGCAGCCUCUGUGCUUAACACACCUAUGCCAUGCAAGUUUCAAGGUGGCACAGAAGAUGAAAUGGAUAGUGAGAAACCUGGCCCCAGUUCUUCUUCUAACGGGGCAUAAAUGUCUCAUCUUACAUCAGAGACCUAUGUGAAUAAACUCUCCAUGCAAGCUCUG